ACACACUGCUCAGUAAACCUAUGACACUUUAUUUAUAAUGUGCUAACAUUUUUCAGAAUAAUUUGUACUUGUAUAUCUAAGAAAGGCGAUAAUACAACCUGGAACAAUCGUAGCAUUAGGAUAUUUAAUCUCAAAACUUACUUAAUUACUCUUUUAUACAUUAAAAGGCAAUAUACAGCGAUAAUUAGAUCAAUAAACACGUGCGCUCUUUCUUGAUGUAACCGAUUAAAAUAGCGUGAAGUACUUACCAGAUGCGUGAUUUAAUCAGUUAGCAUAGGUGUGAUAAUCCUGAUAAUUCAAUUAUACACCUUAAUCAGUCGGCAGCUUAUUUUAGAUAAAGCAAUAAAAGGGUUGUUAAAAUUCGUUAAAGUUAUAAAUAUGAUAUAAAUAUCAUUUUAUUGCAAUAUUAUUUACCGAUAAUAAAUUAAGUAAAACUAUUUUAAACAAAAAAUCUGUAGCUGGGAGUACUUUUUUUUUUAAAAUUCAAGUUAUCGCUCCUAAUAGAAUGUUUCCAUUGCGCACUUUGCCUCCAUUGCGUGUCAGUGAUUUAGCUCAAAUAUCUGUUAUGUGCCUUUUUUUUUUUUUUUUAAAGAUUUUUCACGACAAUUCCAUUAUUUCAAACAAGUUUACACAAUAAUAAUCGUUCCUAUACAACGACUAUACAAUAAAAUUGAUUGAUUUUUGAAGUCGGCAGUUAUAUAAGGGUUAUUAUUAAUGAUAGAUAUAAUUAUAAUUAUGAUUAUGAUACAUCUAUCAUUUUAUUGCAAUAGCAUUUACCGAGAGUAAAUAAAAUCUUUCAAACAAUUUUAAACAGACAACUGUGAGUAUUUUCUAAAUAUUUGAACAUCCAAUUAUCGCUCCUAAAAAUGUUCUUUGCGAACUUCACCUAUCAUUGCGCACAAUUUGAAUUAGCAUAAAUAUAUGCUGCUUGUGUGCCAUUUUCAUUUCUUGGCAUUUAACAACGUUUCCAUUAGCUAUAGCCAGCAAGUUUACCCAAUAAUCGACGCUAUAAAAAAAAUUGACUCCAUUGCGCACUUUACCUCCAUUUCGCACCAUUGCGCACUUUACUUCCAUUGCGCACUAUAGGCGUACCGGCGUUUUAUACCUACACUACAGGCCCGAAUUCUUUCAAGAGUAGGAUUUAGUGUUUUCUUGCCCCGAAGCGGCGAAAUUGUAAACUUGAUAACGUAUAUUUAUAACGGAGACCAUCGGGAAAUUUUGUUGUUUUUUUUUUAAAAUUAAAAUAUGGCAGAUUACGAUGAUGAUGACGACGGAAUGUGGAAUGCUACUGGAGAAGAUGGACUUGCAGAUGGAAGCCCAGAACAUGAUGAUGAGGAGAUGGGUGACGAUGCUGUACAGCAGGAAUGUCUCGAAACUUUCGGUACAAAAGAUUUUAUCAUGGAGCCGGGUGUGUUCUCAAUGCUCAAAAUGUUUCUUCAAGCCGGAGGAUCACCAGAGCGUGUUGUAGAACUGUUGUCUGACAACUACCAUGGUGUAGCACAGACUGUUAACCUGCUUGCUGAGUGGAUGAUACAGGUCGGAGUCGAUAUUAAUGAAGUACAGGAAAUGGUUGAGAGUCAUCUGAAAGAGGUGAUAGUGAGAACAUUUGAUCCCAAGAAAGCUGAUUCUAUCUUCUCAGAUGAGGGAGAGACCCCAGGUUGGCUGGCUGAAAUGAUUGAGUUUCCAACAUGGAGAGAAUUAUUCUAUAGACUAGCAGAGGAGUACCCAGACUGUCUUAUGUUAAACUUCACUAUCAAGCUGAUAUCAGAUGCCGGGUUCCAGGGUGAGAUCACAUCAGUGUCUACAGCGUGUCAUCAGAUUGAAGUUUUCUCUCGUGUUCUACGUACCUCAAUAUCCUCAUUCUUAGAAGGCGGAGUUGAAGUUAUGGAGAAAAAUCUACCAGAAUUUACUAAAAUGGUGUGUCAUGGUGAACAUACUUACCUAUACAGUCAGGUGAUGAUGACGAUUUUAGCCCAGGAACAAAAGGGAGGGUCUAAUAUCCGGAGGAUAUGUCAGGAAUUACAGAAAUGUGCAAACGACAGGGGACUAGAUGUGACCCCUAUUACUCUAGCAUUGAGUGGCGCAGCUGCAUACCCCCGAGCUUGCCAGGCCCUUUCUUCCAUGUUGUCAAAAAAGGCUCUUAAUCCUGCAGAUAUCACCAUAUUGUACAAAAUGUAUUCAGAUAACCAGUACCCUCCACCUCCUGUUGAUCUCAUCCGUGUUCCAGCUUUCCUAGAUCUGUUGAUAGAAUCUCUGUUCAAGAUGAACACAAGAUUGAAUCAGGAACACAAGAGCAAAUAUAUCUACCUCCUGUCAUAUGCUGCAAGUGUCACAGAGGCUUAUAAAAAGGGUGUAAGAAAACAUAUAGAGAAAAAGGAACUGAAGCCUACCACACAGGCGUUAGAGAAAGUGCAGGCACUCUGUGCACUGAAUAAAAAUGCUUCUGAACUAUUGGUGGAUGUCUCCACUCUCUUCCAGUGUAUUAAGUUUCCAGUUAUUGCAAUUGGGGUAUUGGCUUGGGUAGACGAGAUAUUGUCAGACAAGAGUUAUUUCAAACUGAACACAGACCACACACCCCUACAUCUGGUGCUGGUGGAUGAAAUUGUCACCAAUCACCUGUUAUUACACCAGAAAGCUUUAGAUCUCCUAAUCAGACUGUUUGAAUCCAAUUUUGAUGAACUGGAUGUUCUUGUUCAACUAGAGUUAAAGAAGACAGUACUAGAUCGUAUGGUUCAUGUGUUUAGCUGUGGCUGUGUCAUUCCAGUAGUCAACUAUAUCAGAGGAUGCCAUAACAAACAAGAUACAGACAUCUCUCUCAUCAGGCAUUUUGUCUCAGAGGUGUUGGAUGUGAUAGCACCACCAUAUACCCAGGACUUUGUCAAUCUAUUUCUACCCUUGAUAGAGAACGAAGGUAUCACAGGAACACUGCGGUCCGAGGAUGGUAACGAUCCAGUCUCUGAAUUUAUUUGUCAUUGUAAAGCCAAUUAUAGUGCAACGUGAAGGGAUUAAACAAACCAUGCCAACAGAUACUUUGUAAAUGUUUGUGGUUUCUGCAAAGACUAUGGAGGAGCAAAAGAAUAAGGUGUGCCAUGGGAUUCUACAACUUAAGUUGAGUGUAUUCAUGUUGAAGAUAUGUAUAAAAUAUACACACAAGUUUCAACAGACAUCCAGGAUCAAAUGAUGACAUUGGAAAGUCGGGAACCAAUGACAUUAGAUGAAAGAAACCAGAUUUACUUUCAGUUUGUGCAGGUCACAAUAAAAACUUGUAUUAAAGUGUUUCUUUGCCGUUGCCCAGCUGGAAAGCUGUACAAGCAUUUGACCAUGAACAUUAACACCUUCAGUUCUUGUGCUUGACUUGCUAGAAGGGUGCUUCCAUGGCCGAGUGGUUAAGGUUGCACAUAUUGAAUCUCUUUCCUCUAACCGCUGUGGGUUCAAACUUCACUCGGGGUGUAACAUUUUUGUAUGCGAGGAAGGCAUCAAGCUUGUUUGUGGGAGUUUGGUGGUUUUACCUGGGUGCCUGCCACUGUCUUAUACAAUGUUUGGAGAUGCACAGGGAUCUUUCUUCACCAUAAAAAGCAGAAAAGUCACCCUAUGACUUACAAUUUCGCCAGUGUGACAUUACAGAAAAUACAUUGAGUAGUUAGAAAUAAGGAGGUGGAAACUUGUCCUUGAAAUUCUACGGAGAACUUUGCAAAAGGAACAGAUGUUGAUACUAUAAAAUUAACUUACAUUCCCUUUUAUACCAGACAUCAGUUUUAUACUAAACAGGGGAAGUUGAAGCCUAUUAGGUCAGACUAAAAUUCGAAAACUGUUUUGUGAAAAUUAAAGAAAUACAUACACAGAGUUGACCAUCACUUACUAACUGCAACAUUGACAUGUCUGUGCUGAAAGAUAUUUCAUACAUGUUGGUUUAUGUAUGAUAGGAACCUGAAUACAUUGAAAGGACACAAUCCAGUGAAAUUUUUAUUUUCAUAGAACUGUCUGAAGUUAACCUUUACCCUGCUAAAUUACUACAAUGGACAGUUCCUUUAUUCAGUUUGGGCUGAUCUUGGUCUGUUCUGGUCGCAAAGGCAGAAUCAGUUGCCGGCAGCAGGCUAAAGGUUAAAUCAGUCUCUAAUAUAAGUGGCAUGAGUUGCAAUUUGCAAAUAUGUGCAACUUUAUUGAAAUAAUUUGCAACAAUUAACACUAACAAUAAAUGAAAUGUCUGAUUUUUAUUUUUCCCUUUUUUUCAUUUGAAAACAACAAAAUGCAUCUACGUCAACAAAGUAAAAUAAUAUAACACCUAAACAAUGGUUUCAAAAGACCAUAUACAGUUAUUUUCUACAUACAAAUAUUAAAUAAA